UGAUAACACCUCGUCGCUUUUACUCCGCUGUACUCUACACUGUUGGAUACUGUUUACCGUUUUUAUUCUCCGGCAAACAUUCGCUGACGGUAUGCGGAGGCAACACUCCGGUAACUGAUUACAGCGAUCGCGACAGUCGGCAACAGCGACUGUACUCGAUCUCACUUGGUCAACAUCAGCGUACGCUGGCCUUACAUUCGAUGGUUUUCAGGGUUCUGCAGUUUCCGGAUCUCUCGUUCAACGAAUCUUAUCUCAAAAAUGACAUGAAAAGAAGCGUUCGCUCGUACCAGGCAAACUAAUUAACUGAAGUCCAUUUCUUCGCACAUCUCGCGGUAUAUCGAUUCGUCAUCGUCGCGUAAAAGAAUGAUUAGGCUCGUUUCAUUUGUUAAUCAAUUUCGGUGCGCUGUCAAAUCGGUUGUCAUUAAGGAAUGUCUUGAAGACUUUUGCGUCGAGUUCCUUUUUUCCCUAUCCGAUUAUCCACCGAAACGUCCUUUUGCGAAAAAUGUCUAAUUCGGUUCGGACCGAGUCAAACGUCGACAAUUACUACGAUUACGUGCUGCGAGAUCGAAGUUUGUUUCAACGAAGCGAGAACUCAACGGGAAAAUCCCUGGAUCCGGUAUCAGCCGCCUUUUUUCGAAUAACUCUCACGAUCCUUCUACGCGUUGGUUUCCUCCUGGUUCAAAUCGGCAGCUUUCCGGUUGGCAACGUGAAUCUGAUCCUGCUUCAAAACGUCGUAGAUUUUUGCGCGGUCACCGUAGCCCACAUCCUCCUCGGUUUCGUCGUCGCUUUUUCCGGCGACAUUGCCGGCGUUAUUGGCGAAGGAAUUUGGAUCGGGGACGGCAAGGCGAACCUGAACGAAGCCAUGAUGGGAUGGGGAGCAGCGAUAACAUCCUCGGCAAUAUGCACGUGCUGUAUAGCCGGUAGAAUGCACGCAAUCGGUUACCUGAUCACCGCUAUUCUCAUCUCCGGGAUAAUUCAGCCGUUCCUCAUCCACUGGGCAUGGACACCGCAGGGUUGGAUGGCCGAUAAUUACUUGACCGGAAGACCAGUUUCCUUCAAGGACUACGCGGGAGGAGGAAUUAUCCACGUGGUUGGCGGACUCUCCGGUUUUCUGGGCUGCAUGACUUUGGGUCGAAGACUGCUGAGACUCAGGGAUAUCGACGACGCGAGUUUACCCGCAGAUUCUCCCGGGAACGUAUUCGCCGGUUACUUCCUGAUAUUCCUCGGUCUACAGGGAAUCGGUCUUCCGAUCACCUCGGACAACGGAGUGCAGUCUUAUGUUAUCGUGAAAAAUCUACUAGCCGCUUCUUCGUCCUCGUUGUUCAUCGUUGUUCUCCACUUCGCACUCAGUCGAGAAGCUUUCAAUUACUGGACCGUGAUAAGGUGCGUCCAAGGUGCGAUUUCAGGAGUCGUAACCGUCGCUCCUGCGGUCGAUCUUUACUCCCCAUUGGUAGUCAUUGGGAUCAGCUGCGCCAGUGGAUUGAUAUUUUACCUGGUGUCCAGACGAGUUUAUCGAAGUGCGUUGGAGGAUUACUGUAACAUUGCGGCGACGCAUUUGGCCUGCGCUCUUUUCGGUAUUUUUCUCGCCCCGAUGUGCGGAAGACCGACGGAAAGUGGCGUGCCUAAUCAUGAAAUGGUGUUGGACGUCGCGUGGCAAGUGAUUUGUAUUUCAGCGUUAAUUUUGCUGGUAACUCUGGUGUUCGGACCGUUUUUCCUGGUCCUCGAUCUCUGCGGUUUUCUCAGAAAUCGCUCGGAGUUCGUCAAUCAUCUUCGAGCAACGGUCGCCCUUGAGCGUGGACCACCGAGGUCGUACAUGCAACGACUCUUCUUCCCGGAUGUCCAGAGUCUUUACCUACAGCCGGGUUCGGUGACGAAGAGUGGAGGUCAAGGGCCGCAAAUUAUGAGUCCAAGGAUGUGGAGGUACCCGCAGGAAUUAGCGAUGCUCGAACAAAAUAGGUCGAAGCAAUCGGGCGGCAAUAAUUUGCCCGAAAUUAUAGCCGAAGAUACUGGUGCACCCGUUUUACUCGCAAAUAAUCGAUCGGAAGAUUCAUCUACCGAUCCCGCCAUUUUGGCGAAACCGAAAAAACCAAGGCAAAUUCACACUCUCCGCACUAGCAGCCCUGCAGAAGUCAUCGAGGACGCUGGCGGAACUGGCGAGUCGUCAGAGAUCAGAAAAGAUGGCUUCCGACAGACUGCUAGGCUCCGUCAGUAUCUGAUGCAAGAUAUUUAUUCCGAUGUAAAAUUAGAGCCUCAGACUCCGAGUAGAGGGGUUAUUGGGGAUCUUACGACGAGGCUCCACAGAACGAAAAAAUGUUCAAGCCUUCAUUCUGAAGAAAUCGAAUACUGUUCAGAAAAGCAGCAAGUUAGCCAUGAAAUUAAGCAUCACUCAGACUUCAACGUGAAAGUAAUUUUAGAACCAAGAAAAAAAUCUUACGCUUCCAGCGAUUCCGAAGAGGAUUGUCAGAGAGUGGAAGAUAAUCGAGUGGUUGGAGAACACUCGGAAAUACUAGGUAAGACUCUGUGAAUUUUUACGGUCAGUGAGGCUAAUAAUUGUACCGUAAUAUUAGUAACGAAAUUCGAAAAAACAAUAAGAUGGGGAAUUUUUUUUUUCCAAGAUUUUUGAUUAUUAUUUUAUCAGAACUUAUCAUCUAUUCGUACAGUCAUUACAUCAUUAUUAUUAUUAUUUUUACAAUAGCAUAAUUAUAAGUUAAAUAAUUAAAAUCCUAUUCAAAUUUCGUACAUGAAAUCUAUGACAAUUGCUGUUCGAUCUUUUCAAUUAUUAUUAAUGUUACUGUUGUUGGUUGUUUUUUGUAACGUAAUUCCGUGUAAAAUAUAUGUUUAGUAACGUUAAAAAAAAAAAAAAAAAAAAAUCAUGCAAUUACGCUAGAUCAAUUG